UGUCACCUCUCAUCCUCUAGCAAUCCAGUCAGAAAAUACAUAGCUAGUAGUGAUGUUUCAGAUGCUCUUGAAGUAUCUUACUGUGCUACAAAAUGAAACUUAAAAUUUAUAGAACUGUUUCUUAUGGAACUGUUGAUAGUGAACCACCUGAAGUUCAAACAGAAGUUUUUAGCAAUAAUGUAGAAAAUUACCGUGAAGGUACUAAAUGGAGUGGAAUAUUCCUUGCUUUUUUGUCAGGCACUUUUUUUACUAUCAGUGCAGCACUUGUGAAAAGUAUUAAAAAUGUGGAUCCCAUGGUAGUGUUAUCUAUUCGUGCAUUUAUACAAAUUAUAGUUAUGACAAUUGUAGGAUAUAUUUCAUCAAUAAAUCUUAUUGGACCAAGAGGCAGUCGGUUAUUAGUUCAAACACAAGGCAUAGUUGGAGGCAUGACCUUAUCUUUGCUCUACUACAGUUUUAGAAAAUUACCUUUAGGAGAUGCAACAACAAUAAUUUUUAGUUCUCCAGUCCUUGUCAUGGUAUUAUCAUUUUUUUUUCUAAAAGAACCUUGUGGAGUUUUACGCAUCACUGUUAUUGGUGCCCUCAUUACUGGAGUGAUUUUAGUUGCACAACCACCUUUCAUUUUCAGAAUGCAUCAACUGGGAUAUGAUAUACCUGGUUACAUCUGUGCAAUUUUGGCCACUUUUUUUACUGCUAUAAAUCUUGUAGUAAUGAGAAAAUGUUCAGAUAUUCAUUAUUCUGUCAUAGUUUUGAAUUUGUCAGCAUGGACAAUAGUUUCAGCAUCACUAUUAUUUUCUAUCGCACCAAUAAAUCCAACAGCUAAUCCAUUGAUAGAACCAAUCAAUCAAGUUACUGAUCAACCAAUUAUUAACGUCACAGAUUUACCAAUAUUUCCUGUGACAGAGAAACCAUUAGCAACCAUCAUAACAGAAAACCCAGUCAAAGCAACAACAAUGUAUACAGGAGUAGACAUUGUUCCACCAUGGCCAACAAACCAACCAGUGUUAACAGAACUGAAUAGCAGUAUAUUUCCAAAAGAUGGAUUUACUUGGCUAAUGAUACUGUUAGUUUCAAUAACUGGACUGAUGGGUCAAAUACUGGUUGCAAAAGCUUUGAAAAUAGAAGGAGCCAGUAAAGUGUCUGUUACGAGAUCACUGGAUAUGAUUUUAGCUUACAUUAUACAAGUCUUUUUCUUUGAUGAAAUCCCAUCCACCACUAGUAUUGUUGGAGCUUUAUUGAUUUUCUUCAGUGUGAUUUGUAUGGGUUUUGAAAAAGAGAUCUAUUCAAUAUGUGACUACAUACCGUAAC